CAUGUUGCCACCGGAAACAAGCAUAAACAAAGCGGAAGUAGUGAAAAAAUUACCUCGCUGAAUUUUCUAGCUGUGUAGAGUCAAUUUUAGGGAGCCUUUCUGUGUCAAACUCACUUAUUGUCGUCGCAACGGCGUCGAAACAUGGACAGAUAGUGUUUGUUUAAGUGGAUUUUCGGACGUGGUCCCUGUAAAAGAUAAUCCAUCACAUCGGUUCCCAUCUUGGACUGUCACUCAGGACUCUGACAAGUACAGACCAGCAACAGUUUCGUCUCUUGUGAAACUCCCAAAGUCCCUCCACUUUUUCCUGUUGCCACCAGAAUGGCUAACAGCACCGUAACAGUGGUGAAGCCUCUGACCCCUGGCCCUGCCGGCAGAAGUAGUCCAGAGGGAUCUCAGGUGCUCAGUAAGAAGAAGCUGCAGGACCUGGUGAGGGAGAUCGAUCCGAAUGAGCAGCUGGAUGAGGAUGUUGAGGAGAUGCUGCUUCAAAUUGCAGAUGACUUUAUAGAGAGUGUAGUAACCGCAGCCUGUCAACUGGCACGCCACCGCAAGUCCAACACCUUGGAGGUGAAGGAUGUUCAGUUACAUCUUGAACGCCAGUGGAACAUGUGGAUUCCUGGUUAUGGCUCAGAUGAGAUCCGGCCGUUCAAGAAGGCUUGCACCACAGAGGCCCACAAACAGAGAAUGGCGCUGAUCCGCAAGACAACCAAAAAGUAGCAAGACUGUACGCUAAUAUGUUGUACCCAUUCUGUGUAUUGUCUUUUCUUUUUUUGUUUGUUUUUCUUCCUUUUUAACUGGGAUUUUUUUGGACUAAUAAAGAUGAAAAGAUGGUUUGGGUGGGGGUAGUUUUUCUUUUUUUUGACAUUAGAUAGUGUUUCAUCGUCAUGACUCCCCAACUUUUGAGUGUUUUGCCAGCACCGUCACACAAUAAUGUAAUUCUUGUCUCUGAUUCUGUUUUGUUACCAUUAAGCUAAGCCUGGCAGAACUUUAUUCAUUGCAUUUUGUCAAUAAACAUUUGCUGGAAUACUU